CAAACACUAUGAUGUCCUGUAUAUUGACCGCUGACCCGUGUGAACUUGUCCAGCUAGGUUUGUUUUCACCAUAGAUACAGUAUGUAGAACCCGUAUGUACUGACGCUGCCGAUCCCUAUACUAUAAGAUACUUUUAUUACUUUUCCAAUAAAAAUGGAUCUGUCCGCCCUAAAACAAGAUUUGGGAGAUACCCUACUUACAAAAGGAGGAGAAGUGCCCAUUGAGAAAGCACUAGAAGGGAAAACUACCAUAUGUUUAUAUUUCUCCGCUCAUUGGUGUCCGCCUUGCCGAGGGUUCACUCCAGUCCUGAGCGAGGUGUACAGCAGCGGAGAAAAGGGCAGUGAUGUUGAAGUCGUGUUCAUCAGUUCCGACAGAGACGAAGCAUCAUUUGAUGCGUACUAUGGCGAGAUGCCGUGGUGUGCUUUACCAUUUAAGGCUGCUGAUAAAAAGGCAGCUUUGUCCGCAAAGUAUGAAAUACAGGGUAUACCUACACUAGUGAUCCUCAAAAAGGACGGCACUGUGGACAAGAAUGGGAGAGGACACGUCAUGGGACAGAAAAAUCUGAAGUUUGAUUAAAGUAUAUGACAGUAUCAGAAGCUAAAAUGUAUCAUAUUCACUUGGAUUCAUAUACAAGCUACACCGUAACACCAAUUUUAUACUUUCAGCAAUAUCUACUUGUAUUAGACAGAUAUCACCACCAGCUCUGUCUUGUUUCCGUUCAAUGGUUUAUAUAAUAUCUAUGUAAAUCUCUGUUAGUAACACUGUCCACUGACCACCGGCAAAUAUUUCAUAUAAUUUCCCACUGUUCCAUUGUUAUCAUUUACAUGUAUAGUGAAUGUAAACACACCUUCACCUAUUAAACCGAAUCUGUUUAAAUGAAA